UCCACGAUGUCAAGUGCAAGGGUUUUGAAUCCGCCGAAAUUGGCGAAGCACAACGACGGCGAUGGCGAAUUGGAUCCCGACGAGAGAGACGGCGCGGAGGAGCAGCUGGAGGCGAUUGAAAACAUUCAGCGCGAGCUCGAUGCGUUGAACGAUCGCGCCUCGGAGGAGAUAUUGCGCGUCGAGCAGAAAUAUAACGGCUUGCGCAAACCGCAUUUCGCUCAACGGACCGAGGCGAUUUCUAAAGUUCCGGAGUUUUGGUUUACGGCUUUAUUGAAUCAGCCUGUAGUGGUAGAGAGGGUUACAGAGAGGGAUGAGGAGGCUUUACGAUAUUUGAGCAAUAUUGAAGUUCAGGAAUUUGAGGAUAUCAAGAGUGGAUACAGAAUAUCGUUUGAAUUUCAACCAAACCCAUAUUUUGACAAUGACAGAAUUGUCAAGGAAUUUAUAUUGGUGAAUGACAGCGGUGACCCAACAUCAACGUCGACACCAAUUAGAUGGAAGGAUAGCAUGGAUCUAACCGUUAGUCCAGUACCUGUAAAAGGUCAGAAGCGGCUUCAUGAUGCUGGGAAGAGCUUCUUCACUUGGUUUAAUGAAACACAAGAAGACGGAGCAGAUGAGAUUGGCGAGGCAAUCAAAGAUGAACUGUGGACUAAUCCUUUACCUUUCUACUUGAGUGACAAUGUAUUGCCAGAAGAAGGUGAUGAGCAAUAUGAUGACGAAGUGGAGAGCGGAGAAGAAGGAGACAAGCAGGAGAUUGUAGUUGUUGAAGACGACGACGAUGAGGUAUAUGAUGAAGACGAUGGCGGGCAGAGUGGUCGUGAUCCUCCGGCAGAGUUUGAAGAAGAAGAAGGAGACGAACCGGAUGUAUUGGAAGGAGAGGAGUUUGAAGGUGAAGAAGAGGCAGAAGGUGACGAGGAAUUAUUACACGAACAGCGGGAUGGGGCAAACGGUGUUGGAGAGUGGUGAUGUAGAAAAGACGAGGGUAGCAUGUAGGAACUGGCUGUGUAGUAGUGUGUAAUUUUCCGUAGUAUAAUGUGGUCGGGGAUUCAGUGUGACCUGCAUGCUCAAGAUGCAUUUGACUUGUAUUCUAUUGGCUACUUGCCUCGUAGAGAGCGUCUAGUUCUAGAUUUCAACGUGCUGCGCUAUCUUAGCUUCUGCUACAAAUUUUGUUGAUACAGUACAUUUGAACCAAG